CCCCGGUGGGUGUGGUCCUGUCUCCGGGUGGGCGGGGGUCCCCGGUGGUGGCUCGGCGGCUCCAGUUGUCUCUCCCUCUCCCUGUGUGUCGGGCCUGAGCCGGCUCUCUCUCCUCUGCAAUGCCGUCUCUGUGAGGAUUUGAAACUACAGGAUGUACAGCAGCGGAGAGCUGGUCACUGACUUUCUCCGAUACAAACUGUCCCAGAGAGGCCACAGCUGGAGCCGGCUGUGUGAGCAGAAUGGAGCGGCGGGCCUGGGGCCUCAGCCUGAGCAGGGAGAAGCUGAUUUGAGCUGCAGGCCCGAGGCUGAGCGAGCCUGCCAGGCUCUGCGGGACGCUGCCGAGGAGUUUGAGCUGCGCUACCGCAGGGCCUUCAGCGACCUGUCAGCCCAGCUCCGGGUUACCCCGGACACGGCCUACCGGCGCUUCGAGCAGGUGGUAGGCGAGCUGUUCCGCGAUGGAGUGAACUGGGGCCGCCUGGUUGCUUUCUUCUGCUUCGGGGCCGCUUUGAGUGUGGAGAGCGCCGAGAAGGAGAUGGGCGCCUUGGUGCCUCGUAUCGCCGACUGGAUGAGCACCUACCUGGAGAGUAACCUAGAGCCCUGGAUCCGGCAGCACGGGGGCUGGGAUGCCUUUGUGGCACUGUAUGGCAAUAAUGCUGCUGCUCGUAACCGUCAGUUGCAGGACUCAGUCGUGAAAUGGUUUAUGGCAUUAAUGGCUGUGGGUGCAACGCUGGCCAUCGCUGCAUACCUGGCCCGGAGAAGGUAACAGCAGUGAGACUGCACUAAGAAGCAAGCCUUGGUCAACAGCCACUGGAUUGGAAGAUUACCUUAUCAGACUGGCAUGACCGUGAAAGCUGCACCACUAGAUCUCAGCUUAUUCCUUGUGUUGGAACUUAUCUCUCAGCUAUUUGUACAUUACGUAUUGUGUAUGUGUACUCAGUUUACAAAUAUAAAGCAUUCAGGCUGGCGCUGUGACAGAAAUGGAAAUUAUCUACAAGUAAAUCAACUAUGUCAGUUAGGAAAGCUAAUUUUUUUAUUCAGGAAAAUUAAACCUGGAGUGGAGGCGUUGACCAGCAGCUUUUACAGUGAAGAUCUCUGUUCAGUGACUGCUCUUUGCUGAUGGUCAAGAGUCCAGAAUACAGGGCUGAUCUCUCUCUACGCUGUGGUGUUAAUUUUGAGACGCAUCCUAUCUGAUGUGACUUAGUAGAAUGGGAGCCAGGCUGCACAGGAAGGAAAUCGCGUCACUGGGAUUCUAAAGUGGUGGGUUCCAGAGGCCUGGGAGAAAGCUGCUGCUUGUUCUUGGGAUGCCAAUCGCUUGAUACAGCUCAAAAUCAAAGGAAGUGGUGGCCAGCAUCCUCAACGUAAAAACCGCACCCUCUACCAGAAGCUGCUGGGAUAACAUAAGCAAUGGAGCGGAGGUUUCUUUUAACUGAAGGCUGACUUUGAUGUUUUAUUUAUGCCAAAUUUAAAAUUUUGUCAUCUGCUGGAGUUGUGAUGUGGUGUUUGAAUGAGGCGACCACACCUAGUGUUGGCAUCACACCAGUGCCAUUCAAAGCCUGUCUUUGAUGGGAUGUCUGUUUUCUUGGGGCAGUCUUGCUGAUUCUCAUGAAGGGAUAAUGAAGGAGAAUUUAGGUUAGCUGUCCUGGGUGACCGCAAGUUGAAGUUCCCGCUGCCCCUCAGCCGAAGCGAAAACAGGUGUUUGGCCAUUUUGGCAAGAUGGCAUGAUUAUUUGUGAAAGAUUGUGUGGAGUGCGGGUCCCCACAUUUCUUUAAUGCGUCAAAUUUAUUUUAAAAGGGUUUUCAGCUGUAACGCAUGGAUGCUAAAGGUGUGACCACUGGUCACUAUUAUUCACUGUAACCAUUCCAUGUUAGUUUGCUGCUCACACGACAUCAGAAGCGAACCUAUUUUACACAAUGUCUUAAGAUUUAAAUUAAAAUGACUUGUUUUUAAACACUAAAA